AUGUUUGACAAGAAGAAAGAAAGAAAAAAAGGCUUUCUUUUGCUGCUUACCGCAAUUACAGGAUGGAGCUACGGAAAGAGAAAACUCGCUCCAGCCCUCAUGGGAUACAGCAGAGAAGUUGCAGUUUCUGCACUUUUCCACAGCGGCGCCUUUGAUGAGCUCUAUCAAUUUGUUCUCUCCCUAAAAUACCCGUACCCCUUCAGCAACACGGACAGAUACGCCCUUGCAGGAAUGGCUGCUUUACUGCAUGUAGGAGAGAAAGAAAAGGCUUUUCGCAUUGCAAAAAACCUAGCAACGGAUGCGUCCAUGGAGUGCAUCAAAACCAUGGCUCUUCUUAUAGAGGGGCACAUCUGCAUGGAGAAAGACAGCGCGGAAAUGUGCGAAAAGUGGGCAGAGAGGGCACUGCAGGAGCUUUCCAGGAAAUUCAACUUCUCCAUUUUUAUUCUCCUGUUCAGAGCUUUCCAGGAGGUGCUGAAAGCCCCGAAAGACGAAGUUAUUUCCGGGCUUCUUUCCAUUGUCAGACACACGGAGACUGCGUAUAUUAUGAACGUAUCCGACAUAAAAGACAUAAAAAGGCUAAAGCAGUUUCUGGCACUGCACGGCCUCCCAGAGGGGGAGCUGGACAGAAUAUACGUGCUAAAGAACCCGCUGAUGAAGAAGGAGAGCCUUCUCGCGUACUUUGAGAAAAAUCCGGGCGACUCUGAGACGCUGAAACACGUUCUGGAGAGGCGAGUGUGCCCGGAGCUGCACGGACUAGCUGAAAAGCUCGGGAUCAUGGAGGGGCUUGUUCGGGAGAAGCAGGGAGAUACUCCCUGGCUGCCUAUUUUCUGUGCAAAGCCACGAACACACACUGUUAAGAGAAAGGCUGCGAAAAGAAGGACUAAAGCCACGGCGCUCUUUUCCGACGAAGAAAGCGAGGGCUUGAACUUGCCAGAAGAAUCUCCCACGGGAGAGAAAGCCCAGGCCAUAGAGGAAGAGAGCGAUGAAGACGCUGAAGUGUACUUGGAGAAGAGGCCCUCAGCCCGUAGGAGCGCGCAAGAAGACUCUGAUGCGGAUGAAGACAGCAGCCAAGAGGACUUUUUAAACAGUUCCAGCCUGGAAGAUUCUGCUUUUCCCGACGAGUCUAGCGACAGCUCGUUCGAAGACGGGGAAAGAGCCAAGAAGCAGAAAAUGUGCAGUUCCAGCGAAGGAAAGGUUGAGGAGCAGGAAAGUACGGUGCAGGAGAUCGGGGAAAGUGCGGGGGGAAGCUUGCCCGAUCGGGCUUUCGAGAGCCUCGGCGACAGUGAAGAUCUUGAUGGCGGAAUGGACUCGGACUUUUUGUAG